ACUCUGUGAGACAGACAGACAGACAGACAGCAGAGCAGAGCAGAGCGCCUCCUCCAGCAGCACAAUGAUCCAGCUCCUCUGCUGUCCACCCGGCUGCUGCUUUCAGAAAACUCCAGACUGCCACUGGAUUAAAUAAAGUCGUCAGCUCCUGAGAGAAGCGCAGAAAAGUCUCUUUUUGCAGCAGCAGCAGCAGGAGGAUUGUUGACCAGUUAAACUCCCAUCGGAGGCUCUUUCUGUUCUGGUUUGAGGAGGGUUUUCCCCUCAACUGUUCAACCACCGGCUCACCUGCAGAAGAGAAACCAUGCUCCCCCGGUUUACCUCCCUCCUAUUUCUUCUCCUCCUUCCCCCUGUUUUCUCCUCCUCCUCCUCCUCCCGCCCCCAGUGGGUUCUCCAGCGUGUCCCUGUGGUCCUCGCGCAGCAGACGGCGGCUCGAUCGGCUCCUCACUUCCUGUCGCCGGCCCGCUUGGAUGUCAGCUCCCCCUGCGACCCAGAAUGCCACAAGAGGGCACCCCGCCCGAGCUACUGGGACCUGCGGCGUCUUCUGGCCUAUGAGACGCUCCACUCUGACGGUCAACUUACAGAGACCGCCGUUGGGAUCUAUGGCUAUGACCCCAGUUCUAACACCAGUCCGGCCUACUCCUCAGGGUCGUCUGGGAAGGCUGAGCGGUCACAUGUCAGGAGGAAGCGACAGAUCUUCGGCCACGAUGGGCGUUUUAGCAUCGCUGGGCAGGACUUCCUGCUUAAAUAUCCGUUCUCAGUGGCCGUCAAGCUGUCCACUGGGUGUUCUGGUACACUGGUGGGGGACCGUCAUGUUCUCACAGCUGCACAUUGUGUUCACGAUGGUAAAAACUAUGUGAAAGGAGCCCAGAAGCUCCGGGUUGGAUUUCUAAAAACCAAGCAACGAGACGCACAGGCGUCUUCCUUUUACCUUCCUUCCAACUUCACCAACCAUAUCGAAGGUGGCCCCGAUCCUUACGCCCCACCAACCAACGACAGAAUGAAGUUCCAGUGGAUCCGAGCCAAGCGCACCCAUGUGCCCAAAGGAUGGAUUAAAGGGAAUGCCAAUGACAUUGGGAUGGACUAUGACUACGCUUUGCUCGAACUCAAGAAACCCCACAAACGCCGCCACAUGAAGUUAGGAGUCAGCCCCCCGGCUCAGAGGCUGCCCGGUCGGCGAGUCCACUUCUCAGGAUUUGAUAACGACCGUGCAGGCAAGCUGGUGUAUCGGUUCUGUCGGGCCGGCGAGGAGACGUCAGACCUGCUGUACCAGCACUGUGAUGCUCAGCCCGGUGCCAGCGGGUCAGGAGUCUACGCCCGGAUGUGGGAUAUGCGGCAGCGGCGCUGGGAGCGGAAAGUGAUCGGUGUGUUUUCUGGGCAUCAGUGGGUGGAGCGACAAGGGGCGUCUCAUGAAUUUAAUGUAGCGGUGAGAAUCACGCCUCUCAAAUACGCUCAGAUCUGCUACUGGAUAAAAGGAAACUUUGUGGACUGCCGAGAGGGGUGAGGGGUGUAGCUACAAAUCCAUAGGCCCGCUGCAUCCUCAUACAUCAUACUGGAAUAUCUGGGGCCUCGAGAAUCUACACAUUUCACCCCAUCACUUUUAGCACUGACGUAACAUCACUUAAAAAAUAUUUUUGUUGCCACCUCCCUCGCCAACUCGUCAUAUAUUGAUGCUUUCUCAGACCCCUCGGCGUCACUUUACGGUCGCAGUAAACACAUGCUUAAUGUUGUGAAGUAAACAAAAGCACUUGCUUAGGUUCAGGCAUCAAAACCACUAUAGUUACGUUUAGAAAAGAACUAACGGGGUUGAGCUUAAAACCACUACGUUUGUACAGGGAAAAUGAAACUGAACGUUGUGAACAUGGUGCACGAACAAACAGCUGAUUGUAACGUGACGCAUGGGACACAAACAGCGGUCUGCUGGAUGAAAGAGUUGUGUUUGUUGGACCCAUCCACCCCCCCUCCCACCCACCUGAUGUGUCUCUUUUCACUCCUAAAGCUAUCUCACCACAUUCCCAGCGCACAUUCCCUAAGUGUUAAUACUGACACGGAUGGGUUUAGUUAGUUGGGUGUAGUUAAUGGUGCUUCUCAUACCGACGCUAAAGGACCAGUGUGUAACAUUUAGGGGGAUCUAAUGGCAGAAAUGGAAUAUAAUAUUAAUAAGUGUGUUUUCUUUAGUGUAUAAUCACCUGAUAAUAAGAAUCGUGUUUUCGUUACCUUAGAAUGAGCCCUUCAUAUCUACAUAGGGAGGGGGUCACCUCUCCACACAGUCCCCCAUGUUACUCCACCAUGUUUCUACAGUAGCCCAGAACAGACAAACCAAACUCUGUUAACUUUUCCUGCAUGGGCCGGAGUCGAUAACGUUACUUGCACCAGUCGCCGCCGCUCUCGCUCUCUCGCUUCACCACUCACUUCCCACAUCCACUCACACUCUAAGCACUCUAGUCUGCUCCAACUGGCUCUAAAGAGGGACAAUCGUGUUUUCGCGUUGGCCACCAUAGCUCUCCAACACACUUGGCACACGGAAAAGGCUUCAGGUGUUUGCAAUCUCCUCACCUCACCGCUAGAUACCGCCAGAUCCUACACACUUGACCACUAAAGGGUACCUUGUGCCUCGGUAUCUUAACGCCGACGGCCAUGACAAAGCAUCGGUAUUUGAUGCCCUGGGAAUGAGAACGGGCUGCUCUCGCACGCCAAUAUACGUUAUGACACUAAAUUAUGUAAACAAGGCGUGUUCAUUUCAUUUCAGCUUUGUUUUGCAUCUUCUCUCACAUUUAAAACAAUGAAAAAUUUAGUUACAUUUGGGGAAAACCUUUAGGUCAUGUGGUUUUGCAGAAUAGAGGCAGGUUUAUCUGCUUCUUUGAACAUUUAUGUGGAAGACCCUCAGAUCUGGACCACGGACUGAUGUAAAACAGCCUCUCAGCAAGAGCAGGACUGGGAAAACUGGUUCACUACGCAUUUUAGCCUUUUUAUUGUGCUCAUACUAAAGAUUGCACUGUUAAAACUCUUGAAGUCUUUCUACUGAAAAUGAUUGUGGAUGAAUGUACAAGUCAGCAACCAAAGGUGCCAACAGUUUCUCUCCAAACUAUCAUGAAUCUCCUCUCAGAGGACACAGUGUAUCUCCACAGUGUACGCUGUCAGCUAAAUGAACAGUCAACUUGUUACACGGAAUGAUAUUAAUUGACUGCAGAUGUCAAGUCUGCAGAUUACUUGUAUUAUAAAGCACAUUUUGUUGUACUUUAAUGCUUAGCUCCCUCUGGUGGCAAAGAUAAAACAUUGCAGGUGUCCAGCAUUAUGCAGUCUAGGCCUUCAUAAGCACUUUUGACUUUCUCCUCAUUUAACAUUUGUGAAAAUGCAUUAUUUGUGUCUCAGAAACUGAAGACUGGCGAAUUUAAUGAAAUAUAUGCUUUGAAAUAAGCAAAUGUG